AUGAUAUCCACUUUUUGGAAGAGGCCAACAGCUCACCACUUAGAAAUAGCUUCGAGUUCGGGUGAGCAAGCAACAAUGCGAAAGAACUGUAUGCAAAUUCAAACCGACGAACUGUUGGAAAAGAUCCUCGAAUUAAUCUACGAAGUUGGACGUGAUUUCAAGAAUGUGAAUUCAGAUUUGUAUAUCGCCGAAAUUCGAGGCAUACAUAUACUUGACGAUUGGGUAUGCAUUUGGCAACAUAACCGGCAUGAUGACUAUGCUGUCACUCACGAUUGA